AUGUUACUUGAAAGUAUUGAAAAUGAAUUUGAUGUUAUUGUACUUUGUGAGACUUGGUUGAAAGAAGAAUAUAAUAUACCAAUCAAAAACUAUCAAGUUUUUCACUCGUUAGGUAUAAUCAACCAUUGUGACGGGGUAUCCGUCUUAGUGAGCAAUAAUUGUAGAUUAGAUAGUGUUGAAAUACAAUCUAUAAAUAAUUGUAAUUCGAUUAAACUAACUGUCAAUAAAAAUGAUUACAAUUUUACUGUUACUGGGAUUUAUAGGUCACAAUGCCAUAAUAAAGAUCAAUUUAUUACCUCAUUAGGUGAAUAUCUGCUAAAUGAGAACUUUAUAGGUGAUCAUAUUUUAUGUGGUGAUAUUAAUAUCAAUUUAUUUGAUGACUCAAUUGAAUCUAAUUCAUAUGUGAACACUCUAGCAAAAUUUGGUUAUACUUCUGCUAUAAAUGAUUUCAAUAGAAUUACAGAUAACUCUAAAACAUGUAUUGAUCACAUUUUCAUAAAUAAUUAUUUUAAACUUAAUGAUAGUCAAAAUACUGAUUCGGACGCAUUAAAAGCGUAUAUUCUUGAAACUAGUAUUACCGAUCAUUUUAGUACAAUUAUCACUCUUGAAAAAUCAAACUGUAAAUCUAAUACCAAUGAUCACCAAUUAAUAGAACGAAGACGCAUAAAUUGGAAACGUCUUAACUUCUUAAUUACCAGUGAAAAUUGGAGUAGACUAUAUGAAACUAAUAACGCUGAUGCUGCCAUUGAGGAAUUUAAUUUAACAAUUAAUAGACUUAUUUUAUCUUCCUCUAGUACUUUAUUAAACAAUGAAUAUAAAAACAAAAAUAAAAAAAUCAAGCAAUGGAUUACAAAAGGGCUUAUCACUUCAAUUAGAAAUAGAGAAAAACUAUAUAAUAAAUUACGUAAACAACCAUUUAAUACUAUUCUUAAACAAAAAUAUACAAAUUAUAGAAAUUUAUUAAAUAAUUUAAUCAAAUUGGCUAGGAAUCUCUAUUAUGAAUGUCGCAUUAAUCUUGCUGGUAAUAACUCUAAAAAAGUGUGGAAUCUAAUCAAAGAUGCAGCUGGUAUUAAAACAAAUAACAAAAUAAUAGUUUCUAAUAGUUUAGACAUGAUGGUACUAAAUUAA